GGUAGUGAAUUGGAAGAAAAGUGGCGUUGAGAAUUGGUGGCAGGCAGGCAGCAGAGAUUCAGAUUGAAGAAUGCAAAUCCGAAGCGUGAUCUCUUCUUCAUCUUCCCCGUGUUGUUGUUCUACAGUUCUGAGCCCUCGUGCAUGUCAAGUGUUCUGGGCUCGUUCGCUUUCUGCUAAGAAUCUAAUACCCACUCUCCAAAAUGGAAACAGCAGAAGGCUUAAGUUGUCCCGGAUAAGAGCUGGCUUUUGGGAGUCCAUCAGAACUGGGUUUGUAAAGAAUAACACAACACAAAUUACUGAUGUACCAUCAUCUGUCGAGGAAGAAGAAGAAGAGGCAGAAGUGUUGCCAGAGGAAUUUGUUCUUGCUGAAAAGACUCAUCCAGAUGGAUCAAUAGAGCAAAUUAUUUUCUCUUCGGGUGGAAAUGUUGAUGUAUAUGAUCUUGAAGCCUUGUGUGAUAAGGUUGGCUGGCCUCGUAGGCCUCUGGCAAAAUUAGCUGCAGCAUUAAAAAAUAGCUAUAUGGUGGCUGCAUUGCAUUCUGUAAGAAAAUCAUCCCCCGGAGCAGCAGCGGAAAGUGAAGAAAGAAAGCUUAUAGGCAUGGCUCGUGCUACAUCAGAUCACGCUUUCAAUGCAACCAUUUGGGAUGUUCUGGUUGAUCCAAGCUAUCAGGGUCAAGGUCUUGGUAAGGCUCUUAUAGAAAAGCUGAUAAGGGCUCUAUUGCAAAGAGACAUUGGCAAUAUAACACUCUUUGCAGACAGUAAAGUUGUUGAAUUUUAUCAAAACUUGGGUUUCACGCCGGAUCCUGAGGGCAUCAAAGGAAUGUUUUGGCACCCCGAGUACUAGUAGAUUGUGUUUGUUGAUAGUGAAAAUACUCUUCUCAAUGUAUAGAAGAAGAAACUCUCUAUGUUGCCACACAACACACAAUGUAUGUAUUUUUCUUUACCCAUUUGAAAUGAUGCAAGCUGCA